GACUGGACAUUGGUUGGUGGCCAGGAUGAGGAAAAAGAGCCGGGAAACAUCCCACCUUCCUAGGCAGGGGGCCCCGUGACCAGCUCCAGCCACUGGCGGUCCUGCCAUCCUCGGAGCUUAAAUACAGGGACGACUGGGGCCCCAGAGGUCACACGUCUGAUUCUACCGGGCUCGGAGGACCGGGCACCUCCCUUCAGCACCAUGACUUGGUCUUCGCACCCUCGGAGUUUAAUAAUCCUCAGCUUCUAUACGCUUUCAAUGCUCUCUUCAACAUGCCUGGCAUAUGUUGCCACCCGAGAAAAUUGCUGCAUCCUAGAUGAGAGAUUUGGUAGUUACUGCCCAACUAUGUGUGGGAUCGCAGGUUUCCUCUCUACUUACCAAAACACUGUAGAGAAGGAUCUACAGAAUUUGGAGGGCAUCCUACAUCAAGUUGAGAACAAAACAUCAGAAGCCAGAGAGCUGAUCAAAGCCAUCCAGAUCAGCUAUAACCCUGAAGAUCUAUCAAAACCAGAUAGGAUACAAAGUGCCACCAAGGAUUCCAAGAGAAUGUUGGAAGAAAUUAUGAAAUACGAAAACUUGAUUACAACACACGACUCAACAAUUCGAUUUUUACAGGAUAUCUACAAUACAAAUAAUCAAAAGAUCACUAGCCUGAAACAGAAAGUGAUCCAGCUUGAAGCAAAGUGUCAGGAGCCUUGCCAAGAUACAGUAAAAAUACACGACACAACUGGGAAAGAUUGUCAAGAAAUUGCCAAUAAGGGGGCCAGAGAGAGUGGGCUUUACUUUAUCAAACCUCUGAAAGCUCCGAAGAAGUUCUUAGUCUACUGUGAAAUUGAUGGGUCUGGAAAUGGAUGGACUGUGUUUCAGAAGAGGGUGGACGGCAGUGAGGAUUUCAAGAAAAACUGGAUUCAAUAUAAAGAAGGGUUUGGACAUCUGUCUCCUACUGGAACCACAGAAUUUUGGCUGGGAAAUGAGAAGAUUCAUCUGAUAACCACACAGUCUGCUAUCCCCUAUGUAUUAAGAGUGCAGCUGGAGGACUGGAGUGGCAAAACCAGUACUGCCGACUACUCCACGUUCAGGGUGGGACCUGAAAGUGACAAGUACCGCAUGACAUACGCCUACUUCCUUGGGGGAGAUGCCGGAGACGCAUUUGAUGGCUAUGAUUUUGGCGAUGAUUCUGGAGACAAGUUUCUCACAUCCCACAAUGGCAUGCAGUUCAGUACCUGGGACAAUGACAAUGACAAAUUUGAUGGGAACUGUGCUGAACAGGAUGGAUCUGGUUGGUGGAUGAACAAGUGUCAUGCUGGCCACCUCAAUGGAGUUUAUUACCCAGGGGGCACUUACUCAAAAGCAUCUACUCCUAAUGGUUAUGAUAAUGGCAUUAUUUGGGCCACUUGGAAAUCCCGGUGGUAUUCCAUGAAGAAAACCACCAUGAAGUUGAUCCCAUAUAACAGAAUUGCCAUCGAAGAUGGACAACAGCACAGCCUUGGGGGAGCCAAACAGGCUGGAGACAUCUAAAAGAACAUUUCCAAAAUGAUUUACUUUUUUUAAAGGACUUUAUCUGAACAGAGAAAUAUAAUAUUUUUCCUGUGGGACAAUGGACUUGCAAAACGCGUCACUUCAUUUUAAGAGUAAAAAGAACCCAUAUUGAAAACUCCACUAACAGUUUUAUGCUGGUGAUAAUUUAUCUACAUACCAUUUCAAUAAAUCUUUUGUUUCCUAAGGCUA